UUUUGUUUAUAUCCUAUCCUGAAAUAAAAAAUGGCGACGUUGCUCAUUGCUAGUGAUUGUGUCUGCUGUUUAUGUGUUGUCUUGACAUUAGCAGGAGUGCAGGACACUUGAAAUUGUUGUCAUUGCAUAAGGAGAAUCUCAUUUCAUAUUAAACACGUAUUAUUAAAGGGAAAUCGUGAUUAAAAGUGAAUAAUAAUGGACGUAAAUAGUGUUGAAGAAUUAAAAGAUGGCGACGGGACGCGAUCUUUAUUAAUGACAGUGCCCUCUCCCGGAAAUUUACAAAAACAAAAAUCUAUCGAAGGCCUUGAUGGGGCUGUCAAAAAGAAGAGAAGACGCGGCAAAUCUAAAAGAAAAGUAAUAAAACCAUUUUUGAAAAUUCCUUGGCCCGAUAGGAAACGAAAUGAUAAAAUUAAAAGAAAUCGUUUUCGAAAAAUAGUUUUGACAAAGACUACUGCACCUGCACCUUUCAAUAAUAAUCAGUUCUUAAUGGAAAUACAUAAGCCGGAACCCGAUAAUGAGCUUCAAAUGUGCCAAACACCUUCUACGCGAACCCGAGAUUCAAGUUUUAGUGUGGACUCAGAAGAAAACUACUUUUAUUCAUUACCGGAAGAUGAAGAAGAUUUUUUAACAAAAGAGUUUUCAAGUGUUUAUGAGGAUGCUCAGAGCGAAAGAUUGUCCAAUAUGACUAAAAAUGAUCUUAUUCAAGAGUAUAUUUUAUUAGAAGCUAAGUAUGAAAAUCUUGUUAAGAGAAAUGAGCGCUCAAAAUUCAAACAAAUUGAUGAGGACAAGGAUUCUGGCACUAACAAGACAGCAUUAUCAGCUGAAAUAAUGUGUACAGAUAAAGACAGUUCCACAUCGUCAGCUGAAACAUCUGCAGAACCAACUGUUGUGGAAUAUUUGCAACGUUUGAAAGAACAAGAAGAUGAAAUAGAAGAAUUAAAAUUGAAAAAUGAACAACUUCAACAUGAAAAUGAUCAUUUAAGACAAAAAGUAAAUUGCACAUCAAGUGAAGACUCUGAAAGUGAUAGCUCAUCUACAUCCAUGAGUGGCAGCUCGAGUAGCAGUUCUGAUGACACUCCCAUGAACAUUCCUGAUGUUGGUUUGACAGACAAUUCUCUAUUAAAUGUUGAGAACCAGAAUGGAAUAGUUGAAAAUGGUCUAAAUGGGUCCACUGAGGAUCCAGAUUCAGACUACCCACUUGUAAAUGGUCAUGGUCUCAAUGGCCAAUCUCAUGAGGACAAUGAAUGCAUGUGAUUUAUUAAAUUAAUUUUAAGUAUUUACAGGGAGUUAUAGUUACACUUAAACUUGUUUUGUUUUAAGCCAAAGUGAUGAUCAGGAUGGAAAUCUCUCUACAAAAUCCUUCUAAUAUUAGACACAAAAGUUUGUGAGCAUGGAUGUUUAUUACUCUUUCACAUAAAAACUACUGAACAGAUUUUCAUGAACUUUGGUAUAUAUACCCUGGAUUAAUACAUAGGAGUAUUUUUUUCCUGGAAUAUCAAGGGACAACUUCAAGGGAAAAGCAAAGCUUGUGACAGUUGUAAGCUACUGGUGGUUCUUAAUAUUGUAAUGAAAUAAGAUCUAUUUGUAUGUACAUAUUAAGAUGAUUGAUUUGUAGCUUACAGAUGCCCCUGUUGAACAAUCAAUAUUACAUUCCCAAUAUAAAUAUAGGGAAGCAAUUCACCGCUUGGUUGCAGUGAUACUUAGUAGUCCACCUCCCAUAUCUCAACAAUAUAGUCAAGAGCCUUUUGUUAUACUUACAUACCUAUAUUGGUAGUGAUUCUGAAUGUACCAAGUAGAAAUGUUGCAAUUUCAAUUUGUUAUCUUCACUGUGUACAUCUGAUUUUCUAUACUUAUUCCAAAUCUAAGUUUUGAGGUCUACCUAAAAUUUGUGCCUAAAAAGUCGCUACACCAAUGUAUUCUUACUUACUUAAGUUUUUACAUAAUAAUGGUAUAUAAAAUAUGCACCAAAAUUAAAUAAAUUUAUGUUACAACAGCUAAUAAAUUUACAUGUAAGAAUAUAAUUAUAGGUACCUGCAGGUAUGUACAAACUGUAGAUCAACAAGACAUUGCUUAAUAGGUAUUGAUAAAACCAUUAGAUAUAACUUACAACAUAACCACAUUUAUUAUGAUGUACCUACAAUUUCACUGUCACUGAAAUGUUUAUUUUAAUUUACUCAGCCUUGCCCACAUUGUAUUAUUUAUUUUGCAGAGCUCUUGUCUUGUAAUAUAUUUCAUAGCAUGCCUAUUAAUGUAAAAAUGCUUAAAAGCUAUAUAAUUUUACUAUUAUAGGAUGUUAAAAGAUAACAACUGUUCAGUUCUGUUAUAUUUUAAUUAAAACAAUUAUGAAUACAUACUAAAAGUUAGUAAA